UCUCUCAUAUAUUUCUGUUUAUAAAAGUACAGACAAGCAUCUCCUCUAAACACCAUCACUCCAUUAGUAUUACACAAGUGAACCAAAAUAGGAUUCUCAAUGGCUGCAAAAAGGAUAAACGUUUUACUGGCAAUUGUCAUUGUGGCAGCAGGAAUUACAAUGUCUUCGGCUCAAUCUAGCUGCAGCACUGUGAUCAUUAGUCUAUCUCCAUGCUUGGACUACGUUACAGGAAAUUCCUCUACUCCAUCUUCUGGAUGUUGCACUCAGUUUGCUACUGUUGUCCGGUCACAACCACAGUGUCUUUGUCAAGUAAUCAAUGGUGGCAGUUCAUCUCUCGGAAUCAACCUGAAUCAGACUCAGGCUUUGGCCCUUCCCAGUGCUUGCAAGGUCGAAACUCCUCCAAUUAGCCAUUGUAUAGCUGCUUCUCCCACUGACACGCCAUCAGGAACAUCAGGAACUGGAUCAAAGAAUAUACCAUCACCAGGAGCAGACUCAAGUGCUUCCAAGUUCUCAACUUCUUUAGUGUUCUUAUACAUAUCCAUGACAACAUAUGCUUUAAUUUCGGCCACUAUCUUCUAAGCCAUCAUUGUUUGAGCUCCUAAGUAUUCGACGUGCAUUGGUUUUUCGUAUACAAUUUACUGCUUUUGAUGUUCUUAAUAUAUUGUUUCUACCAUUAUACAUUAUUGCACUGUAUAUGUUUAUCAAAGGACCAUUUUAGGUAAUAGUGAAAUGUAAUAUUCCAGAUUGAGAUUGCACUUCUUUAUUAUAUUUCUUGCUAUGUUUUU